AUGGAACCAAAAAAUGAACCAGUGAGCAGAAUAUAUUUGGUAACAAGACCGAUCUUCUCUGAGGAUUCUUUUUCUGCAGAGUAUAAGAAGAUCGACAGACAACACAAGAGUCUACGAGAUCAUGUUAAGGAAUAUUUCACUUGUGAUGGUAAACGGGUAAAGAAUGCCCUGCUGUCUUUGCUGCCCAUCAUUGCCUGGAUGAAAAUCUACAGACUCAAAGAGUGGUUGCUGGGUGAUGUAGUAUCUGGGGUCAGCACUGGACUGGUGGCUGUGCUACAAGGACUUGCAUUCGCUUUGCUGGCUUCCUUGCCACCAGGAUAUGGACUGUACUCUGCGUUUUUCCCUGCAGUAGUUUACUUCUUCUUGGGCACAUCCAGACACCUCUCCGUAGGCCCCUUUCCCGUUCUGAGUCUAAUGGUUGGAGCUGUUGUAACCAGGAUUGUACCUGAUGUGGGACCUCCUGCCAAUAUUACUGAAUUUGAAGGGCUGACCAUUAAUCAACAAAGAGUUAUUGUGGCCUCAUCUAUUACAUUUCUCAUGGGUAUUUUCCAGCUGGCCAUGGGAUUGCUGCAGGUGGGCUUCAUAGUCAUUUACCUGUCAGAUACUCUGAUAUCUGGGUUCACCACAGCUGCUGCAGUACACAUCUUGGUGUCCCAGCUCAAGUUUGUGUUUGGACUGAAAGUACCAAGCUUCAGUGGACCACUCAAUAUUUUCUAUACUCUGGAGCAAAUUUUUCUUCAGAUCACUAAGGCGAACGUGGCCGAUGUGGUUACCUCUAUUAUAAUCAUUGUAGCAGUGAUUGCAGUGAAAGAGAUCAAUGAGAGGUUCAAGCUGCGAGUGCCUAUUCCCAUCGAAGUCAUCAUGACCAUCAUUGCUUGUGGAGUCUCCUAUGGAUUUAAUUUUGAGGAAAUAUUUAAGGUGGAUGUGAUUGGAAAUAUUGUGAAUGGGUACGAGUCUCCGUUAGCUCCAAAUGUGGAGGUCAUGAAAGAAGGUGCAGUGGAUGCUAUCACUAUUGCCAUAGUGGGCUUUGCUGUGGCGUUCUCCGUGGCUAAAGUCUACUCUGUCAAACAUGACUACAUUAUUGAUGGAAAUCAGGAGCUAAUUGCCUUUGGAGCAAGUAAUAUAUUUGGAGGAGCUUUCAGAUCAUUUGCAGCCAGCACAGCCCUCUCCAGGACAGCUGUACAAGAGAGCACAGGGGGAAAGACACAGAUAGCAAGUCUAAUCUCUGCUUUGAUUGUAUUGAUUACCAUCGUUGGAAUUGGAUUCCUGCUUGAGCCACUGCCUAAGUCUGUUUUAGGAGCUCUGGUGAUUGUGAAUUUGAAGGGCAUGCUGAUGCAGUUCAGAGAGAUUUGUUACCUUUGGACACGGGAUAAAACGGAUUUGGUCAUUUGGGUACUAACCUGUGUGGCUGCCAUUAUCCUGGGGCUGGAUUUGGGACUGGCUGUGGGAGUUGGCGUAGAACUGAUUACAGUGGUCUUCAGGGCUCAGUUUCCACGUUGCUGUAUCUUGGCCAACAUCAUAGGCACUGACAUCUACCGUGACAGAAAGGACUACCUCUGUAUUCAUGAACCUGACAAAGUGAAGAUAUUUAGAAUUCCCUCACCGAUCUUCUUUGCAAACAUCGAAUUCUUCAGGGAUAAACUCAUACAAGCUGUAGGAUUCAGUCCACUCAGAGUCUUGAGGAAGAGGAACAAGGCCCUGAGGAAGAUAAAGAAAAUGAUAAAGAAUGGAGAGCUGCAGAUGUCAUCUAGUGGCAUCAAGCCCACUGCGCUUGUUCCAGCUUCUGACAAGUUAGAUGAUGAGAACAACACAGAUGAUUUGGACCAACCAACAGACUUCUCAGACCUUCCUGUUCAAGUGAACUGGAAAGCUGAGCUUCCUGCCAACAUAUCAGUACCUCCAGUGGACAUCCACAGUUUGGUCCUGGAUUUCUCUGCUGUUUCGUUCAUUGAUAUCUCAGCACUCAAGGUCCUUAAAAUGACCUUAAAAGAAUUCAUUCGUGUGGACGUUGAAGUCUACAUUGUUUCUUGCGAUGUGUACAUCCGCGAGAAAAUGCAUGACUGCAUGUUCUUUGAUGAUGAGAUCAAGACGUCCAUGUUCUUUCCCACUCUGCAUGAUGUCAUGCUGCACAUUCUAACGAAACACCCAGACUGCUCACAGGACAGCCAGUGGGCAAAGUACAACUACAAUUCUAAGAACUGCUCACAUUGA